AUGAAAGCUACGUCCCUGGGGCUGGAAUCGGCCACCAGCAAAACAAUCCACUAUCAAUCGAAGCUUACAAGAUCUCUCGAACACGAGGUCAAUAACCGGAGUAACCCAAACUCUUUUCGUUUGCCAUAUCUCAAAACUCUGCACCUUUUAUCGGUUAAAUUCUCGAGCGAUGAAUCUGUUGCGAAGCUUUUAGAAAGCUGUGAGGUUCUUGAUGAUUUGGUCAUAAAGCAAACCAAAGAUGGCAAUGUGAUGAUAUUCAAUAUCAAUGUGCCUUCUUUGAGGAGCUUAACUAUCGAUAACUCCAAAGGGAAACGUGCCUACGUUGAGGAGAAACAUGGGUUUGUGAUAAAUGCUCCUUCUUUGGAGAAGUUGGAGUUUAAAGAUACAUUCAGUAACUUUCUAAAGUUUGAACAUAUGCCCGAAGUGAUCAUGGCGAAUAUCAAGGUUGUUUGUGACCAAUCUGAGAAGUUCAUAGGGUCUCUUACCUCAGUCCAACAUCUUUCUCUUUGUUCACUAACUUCAAAGACUCCAUAUCCUAGUGGCACUCUCUUCUUCUUUCUUGAACAUCUAGAGUUAUGUACAUGCUCUGCGGGAUGGACGAAUUUACUUACUUGUAUACUCAAUGACGCUCCAAGACUUCGAACUGUCAAGCUUAAGUCGCAACAUGGUGCCCGUUACAAUGAUCCGAUGAACCUAUGGAACGAACCAACAGUUGUUCCCGAAUGUUUAACAAUGAAUCUAGAGUUCUUGGAAUGGAGACAAUAUGAAGGCACAGAGCAAGAGAGGAAAGUGGCUGCGUACAUACUAGCAAACGCUACUUGUCUAAAGAGGGCGACAUUCUCAACCAGAUGUAGAAACAAAUAUCAUCGCAUGCUCAAGAAGUUAAAGAAAAUGUCAAGGGUUUCCGAGACUUGUCAGUUGGUGUUUGACUAA